UCAAAGGGUAGGGGUGGGGAAGCCCCAGGACGCUGCCGCUGCUCUCCUCCCCGUCAGUCAGGCGGGACAGGAUAGAGCAGGGUGGUGGUGGACAGCUGGGUGUGCAUUCAGACCCCAAGUACUUUGCUAUCGCACUGCCGGGGCUCCGGAGCCGCAGAAAGUUUCUGGCAACCCUUGCCGCUGGGGUUGGGCAAAACCAGGACUGCACCGCCCCCCGCUGGGAUAUGGAGCUGCUGUCGCCGCCGCUCCGCGACGUAGACUUGACGGGCCCCGACGGCUCUCUCUGCAACUUUGCAACAGCGGACGACUUCUACGAUGACCCGUGUUUCGACUCCCCGGACCUGCGCUUCUUCGAGGACCUGGACCCGCGCCUCGUGCACGUGGGCGCGCUCCUAAAGCCCGAGGAACACUCGCACUUCCCUGCCGCAGCGCACCCGGCCCCGGGAGCGCGCGAGGACGAGCAUGUGCGCGCGCCCAGCGGGCACCACCAGGCGGGUCGCUGUCUACUGUGGGCCUGCAAGGCGUGCAAACGCAAGACCACUAACGCCGACCGCCGCAAGGCCGCCACCAUGCGCGAGCGGCGCCGCUUGAGCAAAGUCAACGAGGCCUUCGAGACUCUCAAGCGCUGCACGUCUAGCAACCCGAAUCAGCGGCUGCCCAAGGUGGAAAUCCUGCGCAACGCCAUCCGCUAUAUCGAAGGCCUGCAGGCGCUGCUUCGCGACCAGGACGCCGCGCCCCCUGGCGCUGCAGCGGCCUUUUACGCGCCUGGCCCGCUGCCCCCCGGCCGAGGCGGAGAGCACUACAGCGGUGACUCAGACGCGUCCAGCCCGCGCUCCAACUGUUCCGACGGCAUGAUGGAUUAUAGCGGCCCUCCGAGCGGUGCCCGGCGGCGGAACUGCUACGACGGCACCUAUUACAGCGAGGCGCCCAGCGAACCCCGGCCCGGGAAGAAUGCUGCGGUGUCGAGCCUCGACUGUCUGUCCAGCAUCGUGGAGCGCAUCUCCACCGAGAGCCCCGCCGCGCCCGCGCUUCUGCUGGCGGACACGCCGCGGGAGUCGUCUCCGGGCCCGCAAGAGGCGGCCGCCGGGAGCGAGGUCGAGCGCGGCACCCCCACCCCUUCCCCGGACGCCGCCCCGCAGUGCCCCGCGAACGCGAACCCCAACCCUAUCUACCAGGUGCUCUGAGGGGGUGGGCGGCCACAACGGAGGGCGCGCUGCUGCUUAUGGGCCGGAGGGAUGGUGCCCCUAGGGUCCCUCGCGCCCAGAAGUUUGAGCUUCAAUGCCAACUCCUCUCCUAAACAGCGCUUUAAAAGCGACCCUCCAGAAGUAGGAGUGGCGGGAGAAAUGAUUUUUGUUUCCGCCUCUCGCACCCCAGGGCAAGGACAUGGUCCUUUUUGGUUGUUGUUGUUUUCCACGCAGCACCCUUCCCUGAGACCCGCUGCGAUGGCCGUUUGAUGUUACUUGGUGGGCCAGAGCUGACCCCAGACCGCUCAGGCGGGCCCUCUCCUCGCUCCCUCCCUCAUGGGGGGGAGCGGGGCGGGGGGGGGUGUGAACACAAGCAGAUCUAAGCCGCGCCCCUGGACGCCCGGAAGCUUAAAGGCUCCUGGCCUCUCCUUUCCUGAGUCCUCCGGGUGUCGCCUCUUUACCGCCGUCAGCGGAAUACGUUCCUGUCCCAAGUGUAACAGGUGUAACGGUAACCACUCCUACCCCCUCCGCCGGUUCAGGACCACUUUUUGUAAUACUUUUGUAAUCUAUUCCUGUAAAUAAGAGUUGCUUUGCCAGAGCAGGGGCCCCUAGGGCUGUAUUUAUCUCUGAGGCAUGGUGUGCGGUGCGACAGGGACUUUGUAUGUUUAUACGGCAGGCGGGCGAGCCGCGGGCGCUCGCUCAGGUGUUCGAAAUAAAGACGCUAAUUUAUA